AUGAUGUCUGUUGAGAGAUCGUUUGAAGCAUGGGAGGAGGUGCAGCGGCACGGGCAGGACCUGGCCGAUAAGCUUGCUCAGGGCUUCACGGGCUUAAUCCAAUCUCAUAUUACUCCACCAUCUUUCCAAUGGCCAAACCCUCCCACGCCCAAGCUGUUUGAAGUCGGGUUCCCAGUGCAGAAAUUUAUGAAAGGGGAUUUUGGGCUGUCGGUGGAUAAUUCGGCUAUUAAUGGGGUGACUGCUAUUUUUGAUAUUGGGAACAAAUUAGGACAGGCUGGGGUAGAGUUUGGAUCUUCUUUGAAUGGUGUGGUUCAUCAGUUUUUUAGGCGGUUGCCCGUGCCUUUCCAUCAUGAUGAGAGUGCUGGGAUGUCUCUAGGUGUGGAAGGUCAAGGCCCGAGGACUAAUCUGGGUAUAACCCUGCAGGAGGAUUUAGGAUCACUUGCAGAGAGAUUUAAGGAUUAUGGGUUCUCUGAAAAUAGUGCUGUAAUUGUGGAGGGCUCGGAAGAGGAUGAGACCGAGACCUUUGGUGUUAAUGCGAAGGCAUUGAAACAUUUGGGUCAUUCAAAGGGUACUAUCAAUGUUACUGCAACCUAUGACAGUAGAACGAGCAAUGUUGAAAGUUCUCUUGUUGCAAAGGGAGAUUUAUGGAGAGUUGAGGCAUCACAAGGAAGCUCGACAUCUAGAAAUGAGAACUCGUCCCUUUUCCUUGUCCAGCUUGGGCCUGUACUGUUUGUUCGUGAUUCCACUCUUCUCCUGCCGGUCCAUUUGUCAAAGCAACACCUGCUGUGGUAUGGAUAUGAUAGGAAGAAUGGAUUGCAUUCUCUCUGUCCAGCCGUGUGGUCGAAGCACAGAAGGUGGCUAUUGAUGUCAAUGAUCUGCCUCAACCCUUUAGCUUGUUCUUUCAUGGAUUUGCAAUUCCCAAAUGGCCAAGUUACAUAUGUUUCUGGUGAAGGGUUAUCCACUAGUGCCUUUCUGCCCGUCUGUGGAGGGCUGCUUCAAGCACAGGGCCAAUAUCCAGGAGAUAUGAAGUUCAGUUUCUCAUGCAAGAAUAAGUGGGGAACACGCAUAACACCGAUGUUGCAGUGGCCUGACAAGUCAUUUGCCUUGGGCCUGGAGCAGGCAUUGGCUUGGAAGAGAUCUGGUCUCCUGGUGAGGCCAACAGUCCAAUUCAGUUUAUGCCCAACAUUUGGUGGAAGCUGUCCUGGGCUACGGAUGGAGCUUACCCAUUCUCUGAAGGAGGAAGUGAAUCUUAUCUGUGGCUGUGCCUUUGUGACUCAUCCUUCUGCAUUUGCAUCCGUAUCAGUUGGCAGGUCGAAGUGGAAUGGAAAUGUCGGCAGCACAGGUGUGGUCGUGAAAGUUGAAACUCCUCUUGGCAACUAUGGCAGGCCUUCCUUUUCUGUUCAGUUGAAUAGUGGUAUUGAGUUUUAA